CUAUUAUUGUUUCUUGCCGCGCCGCGGCGCCAGUGACCACCAUCACACAGCUGGCUGACUAGCAGACAGGAAACGAUAGAGCUGUCGUCUGUUACAAGUGUACACAUGUGAAGGUUGACUGAGAGUGCGAAGAAGCCCAACCACGGGUUCACCAGUGUGACAUUCGACAGUGUGGUAGCAGAGAAUGGUAUCUGUGUGAUGAAAACAGCGAGUCCUUGAGCAGUGUUGUCGUUGAUCAUCCUCCUUGCGUCACCAGUGAUGCCUUGUCAGGUGAACAGAAGACGUGGGCGCCACCAUUCAGGCACCUUGCUGCUUUGUGGCACCGGAUGGCGUUGUUAUGUGGAAUUAUUAACAAUGGUUACUAGGGGACUGCUGCAGCUCUAUUAUGGUGUUGCUUGAGUCCAUGUAAUCACCUAUCAGUGGGCUGCACCACACCACCACUCUGGGCUGCUUUAUGACACACGUAAUUGCUUUCCAUUGCGUAACAGGCCUCUAUGUACACUUGGCAGCUAUGUACCAUGAUAUGUACCAUGAUAUAGCAAUGUAACUUUAUUAUUAAUGUAAUUAAUAAUGUUGAUUUGUUUGCCACGCAAAUAGAAAAUAGAGCACUGCUCAUUAUUUGCUUUGAAAAGGACAACUUAAGUGUGCACAAUUUUAUAAAGAAGGAUGGAAUUAUGGAAAAGGUUCCAUUGUGCUUUGUCCUAAUCUCAAGAAGAAAGAAAAAGGACAUGUAGCUCUCAUUAAAAAGAAAAAAAAGAUUGAUUUAACGUCAGCAUCUGUUUGUGAAGUUGUUUUGGAUUUUUGAAAGAGCGCAAUGGUCAGCAGUGCGAGUGUACAUUCCCGAGGCUUCCCUUCAUGGGUGCUGGUAUCACUGGGCCUAAGCAGUGUACCACAGAGUGAAGAGACUAGGUCUACAAAAUGCCUGUAUUAAUCAACUCACUAUAAGACAAUUCAUCUGGCAGUUAAUGGCGCUGCCAAACUUACCUCCAUCUCAUAUAGAGCCAGCUUUUUGCCAUAUCACUAGCCACCUACUUCCUGAUCAGAGACUUCAAGAUCUCAUUACCUACUACGAAAAAGAUUGAUGAAAAAUGAGAUACAUCCUCCAUAUUCUUGGAGCUCUUACAAGUGCCCUGUUCAGACUAUUAAUGAUGCAGGAGGGUGGCACCAUUCAAUUAACAGCAAAGAUAACACGCUGAGUGAUAUGAACACCAUUGGCCUUACUAUCCUGGUACGAAUGGGUAACUGUCUCUGUGCCAGGGAAACAAUCGAGAUCAAUGGAAACAAAUAUUACAUAAGGGACUGCAUUGGGGAAGGAGGGUUCAGCACAGUGGUGUUGGUGGAGAGUGCUAUCAGUCACAAACUCUAUGCCCUCAAGCGCAUCACUUGCCAUGCUCAGACAGAUGAGAAGGUUGCACUGUCUGAGGUGGAGUUUCACAAAGCAUUAUGCCAUCCCAACAUUGUGGAGUGCAUUGACUCUGAUCUAGUAGGAGUGCCUGACCUGGUGGGUAACAAAACCUCCCAAGUCCUCAUCCUUCUCCCUUACUUUCCGCGAGGAACUUUGCAUGAUGAGCUAAUACGAAGGCAGGAGACCAACACUCCCUUGGAGGAGACAACAGUUCUCACCACCUUCCGAGGGAUUUGUGAGGCAAUCCUGUGCAUGCAUUCAGCCAAGCCUCAUGCCCUGGCUCAUCGGGACAUUAAGACAGCCAAUGUUCUCCUCAAAGAAGACUUCACUCCUGUCCUCAUGGAUCUUGGCUCCACAGCCAGGGCUCGAGUGGAAGUGAAUGGCAGUUCUGAUGCUCGCAAACUUCAAGAUGAGGCAGCAGAAAAGAGUUCAAUGGCCUACAGGGCUCCUGAGCUUUUCAAUGUUGAGGCUUUUUGUCACAUUGAUGAACGAACAGAUGUUUGGUCAUUGGGAUGCUUGCUGUAUGCACUGUGCUUCUACAAGUCUCCCUUUGAAGCGGUGUAUGAGCGAGGGGACAGUGUGGCUCUGGCUGUUGUCAGUGGUAACAUCAAGGUACCAGACACUCAUCCAUUUUCAAAGGACGUUAUAGAAUUGAUAGAAAGUCUUCUGAAGGUGAACCCUGAGGAGCGGCCGUACGUGGACUGGAUAGUGAACUCAGUGGACCAGCUCAUCAACAAGUCAGCAGGGGCAGUAUAGUCUCCUACAGCUCAACGAGUAUUGUACAAGACAAAUGCAUCAUCUCCCUUCUCUCAUGCUGGUUUUUGCUACUACUACUUGUAUCUGAGCCACUGAACACCUACCUUCUUGUAUUAUAUGAUAUAUGUACUUGAGUAUAUCAUGAUCACAUAAUAGAAUGAUUACCUGGGGCCACAUUCACUGACCAGAAAAGUUGAAAUAGCAAUGUUUAGUAAAGAGUACUGGGAUAUAUGUAGAUAUUUAAGGAUUUAUGCACCAAUGAACAUUUUCCUAAUAUCUAGAAAUAUUUAUACAUGAAGUAUAUUUUCAAUUUUUAUGUUUAUGAUAAUAAGAAAUUCUCACCAUCAGCAUUGCCGUUCCUGAAACAUAACAAUGCUUUGUCUAAUGUUGAAGUAACAAGUUAUUAAAAGUUCCUUUGAAGUGUGA